CUACGAUGAAAAAGAAUAUCACCCGAGUCUAGCUGAGAGAAGGAAGAAAAAGCAUGCAACUACAACUUGUUACUACGGAUACAACUACAAGUACAACAAUUUUUUCGCUUCUUGAACAUCUACAUCAUCUAUCUUUUUUCUUUCAUCAUCCAUAAGCAUAUAUCCAAAGUACGAGAAAAAUGGGCAUCUUUUCGUCUUCGCGGGGUUCUUCUGGUGGCCGGGAAUCGCAAAGCUGCAGUGAGAACGAAGAAAAUGUUAGCUUUUCCUUGGAACCCAGUUUGAGAAACAAGAUAUGGAUCAAGUUUUUUUUCUUCACCUACAACUAUAAUUGAAGUUCAAAGAUGUAUGACUUUCUUAUUACUUAAAAACGGAGGCUAUUACUUGAUAUAGUACAAAAAACGGAAAAAAAGCGCCUUUUUCUACUUACAUUAUUCGUCUCAGAAUGAAAAUUUUCCAUUCUGAGACGAAUACUGCCCAACUGAUCCCUGGGCUUUAUGUGCGCCAUAGGUGGUUCGCUUUCGGCAUAGUCUUACUCCAUAGGUGGUUUGCUCCGCCACGAAUAUUAUUUACUUUUUUAGCGGCCGUCGACCGGAUACCGAUUCGUGAAGAAGUGAAAAAGAUCCUGUUGUCCCGGUAGAGCCUCCUACUUCCAGCUCAUGAGCAAUGGGUCGUAAUAUUACUAAAACAGUGCGGAGAAACAGCACCCUCAUUUAAUGAACAUCUUUAUCUUUCAUCACAUCAAAGCGAAUACGGUACAGCACGCGGAGGUGGGGACCACAUAAUGGCGGCGCCUGUUCAAAAGCGAAGAUGCACGGAUGUAAUCUGCUGUGGACUUUUCACAGCAUUUUUCAUCUGCCUGUGUUGCUUUACGUCGGUAUUGAUCGCGCACUCGCCACUCGGAACCCCCAGAGAUUUGGACUUAAGGCUUGCCUGAAUUCAUUUUGAAGACAGUAGUUUAGUAUGUAUGACCAUGUAUAAUGAUGGUUGUUCUUCAGGAGGUAUCUUACUAAUGAGUAGGUGUAGAGUAGAGUGUAUGAGUGUUUGCACUGUUCUUUCUGCUUCAAAGCUCAUUUCAGCUUCAAAGCUUUGUUUUUUUUGAGACUCUAAUACUAGGAAACGCCUGUGAAGGUGACGAGAUAUUGUGGAAUCGAUACUGCAUAAAACCUGGCAAAACAAGCAAAUGGUCGUCGUCCUCUUUGAGCAACAUUAAGAACAAUUUUGACUUUGGCGCAGCAGUUCUUGCACUUAUUGAGUACUUAGUACUUAUCUAGCCCAGGAGGAGCCUCUACCUCUAGGUCUAGUAAGAGGUUGAAACACAGAAGAGACCAAGAGCUUAUAUGUUCUCUUCUAAGAAAGCAAGGGGUGCAGAUCCGGGCUUCACUCCAACAGAAAAAUGCCCUCAGUGGCGUCCUGGACGUACGAUGCUUACACAGGAAGUAACACGGCGACGAGUAGAUCCCAACACAGGCGAUACUAGUAUUUAAGGCUAGUAGUACUUGUUCGCGUAAAAAUCUAAAUCCAUCAUGAUGAUCAAUCUUCAGAAGCAUCCUGUUCAUCAAGCUUGCUCAGCUAUCUCUAAUCCAUCCCCAUUGAUCUUGAGAAUCAUCCUCUUAAGUACGUAUCCCCGCUUGAUCCAUCCCCGUUGAUAUUGGGAGGCAUGAUCCAUGCAUCCUCUUCUUGAAGGGGCAGGUUCUCACUGGAAAAACAAGGAGAGCAGGAGGACACGACUUCUCAAAGAAUAACGUCAGGGACGAGGUGAGCUCUAAAGAAUAACGGAUCGUCGCUAUUUACCGGUGGAUUUUGUUUCGCGCUAUGUGCCAACGUUAAAACGUUGCUUACGGUACAAGGUGCAACCGGCACGAUACUGUAUUCCCAGGGAUACUCUCUGCUUUCCGCCUCGUUCCGAUGGAGCAAAUCUUGCUGCUUUGAUUAAGGCUCAGCUUUCAAUGGUCAUUGGGGUUGGUCACUGGCGACCCCUUGAGAGAACAGGGGAAAACGAAGGGAAAGGGGAGAGCUUUGAAGGGGGUCCCUUCCGUUCAGAGUCAGUGACCAUUGAAGGCUGAGCUUUAAUUUGAGCUCGGCAGCUGCGCAAAUACGCCAGAGCAGUGGCGGACUUAGUCCUAGAACCGAUGAAACUAGUAGUCCUUUUUCUUCGAUUAAGGCUCGCUUGUCAGGAAAAAUUAGAGGUCUAAAUAACUUGAUUCCACUAGCUACACAGAUUGAUAUAUUUAGACUAGAGAGUGCUUAUGACAGACUCUGGAAGACGAAAUAAUGAGAGUCGACUACGAGUGUCAGUGUACGUGCAAUUAUUCUCAUCAUCUAAUUUCACUUCGCCGGCUUCUGUAGCUGGACUUCCUCGUGGACGUCGUGGAGAAGGUGAUGAUUUCGAAUUCCGUGGUUGCUGUCCUGAUCAAGUUUUGAAGUCGUUUCCUCAGGAUUCCUCAACCGCUUUCUCUCCGGCUGAACGGAACUUUUUGCAAAACGAUGUUGCGUGCUAUUACGUGGAUGGUUUUGGGCAGUUUCUGCCUUUUAACAGCGACACGCAGAGCAAUCUACUAGCAGAUUAUACGGGUACAAUUGAUGAGAGCCGCAAACAGACGGACAAAUUGAAUAACCAAAUCACAAAGAUUCUCUGUUAUGUUGGUCAGCUUUAAUUCAUCUCUCAACUCUCAGCAUCUUGGUACCCCAUUCUCAUGAAAUGGAUGAGAAAACAAAGGUACCAAGAAGGGGCACCGAGAUGAAUUGAGGUCCACUCUAACUCUGGCUAGUUUCCAAUAGACAACAGAUGGACUACGAAUCUUCUUUCUAUCCAUCGGUACGCCAAUUGGGAACGCCUGCUAUCCGACAAAGAAACGCUGCCCUAAAUGCGACCACGACGUCCACUGGUGGGACGGGUAUUGCCUUGUUUUAAGGCUACUGCUAAUCCAUUGCUAUCUACUUGUGGUGAUCUACUCUCCUCCGACUCACUAGGUAUACUACAAUGCCAAAGAGGACUAACACUAACUCAAGGGAGGGAUUGAAGAUGUUCCCAUAGCAGGGAUUGAUGAACUAGGCGUUCGUAGCAGCUCUAAUUUUUGCGUGCAGGUGUGGAGCAAGAGGGACAGGAGUCUGAGACCAGUUCGUCGGCGAUGGAAGACCUUAAAAAGCGCAUUGCUGAGCAAGCGGAGGAAACCUUCGAGUACGUUGAAGACAGCGUAAGGGACGUGUUCCGCUUAAUCGUCCAAGAAAAGAACGAAUUGGUGUCCGGGGUCAAGAGCAUGUGGUUAAGAUUUGAGGUCAAAAAGACAUACUGUAGUAAGAUAAAGAUUCAUCUUGAGUACUAAUAAGAUUCAUCUUGAGUACUACCCAUCUUAAUCCGUCUAAGAUAAAGAUUCAUCUUAAUCCGUGGCCGUGAAUUAACAAGACACAAAUUUUAAUUUAGACAAUUAGAGAUACCUGUAGCUGUAGGAGAAGAUUCAUUUGGAUUACUCGUUUCUAAUCCUCGAUCGUUUUCGGAAAGACUUGCAGCGAUGGGACCCACGAACCGCAGAUGAAUCCUUAGACGACAAGGAUCUCCCUUUAGUGCGUUCCAAUUUGUACCCGUAUCCACCGACUAGCGAGAAGAAAAAUUACUUCGCCCCAACCGAGUCCGUUGCGCGUCCGACCUUUACAGCAACUAAACUUAAGGCUUCCCCUAAUCCAUCUUUUUGAAAGACAUCGAUCCUGAAGAGUCUGCUUUUCAAGGGGGAAAGACACCGAGGACGCAUCUCGAGAUGGAUUCGGGCGAGCUCUAAUGAACGCGCGAAGUUUUGUGGUGCAGAAUAUGCAGAUGGAGGACAAUCUGAUCAAGCAGAAACGGAGAAUCAACUGGUGGAUCUGGUAUCCAGAUGGGGAUUUCAGAUCUACGAUAUUGUGCGCAACGAUUGGGCAGUCGUGCUAGUUCUUGCUAUGGCUUGUGGUCUUUGUUUUGUUUUACUUCUUAGCUUCCUAUCCACAUGAUAACAAGUAGGUAUAUCUUUGCACUAAAUGCAUAGAAGAAUACAACUCCGCAAGGGAUGUUGAAAAUACGGUGUUUCUGCAUGGACAGUGAUGAAGAUCAACAAGCCAACCAUCACUAGUACCACGCUCUAAUCACGGCGUUGUCUUCCCGGUUCUGCUUGGCUGCGUGUGCCUUUGGCUGAUUCCGCAUUGCAUUCGAGUCCUAACGUGGAUCAUCUACGCUGUUUCGUUCUUGUUUAUCAUCCUAGGGAAUCUGCUACUACUGUUGAAAGCGGGCUGGUUGCCCUCAGCCUUACUGGAUCGCUUGGACGCGGACAAUCAAGAAGGGUGUCACUGGCCUCAAGUUUUGACUUACAACGCAGCAGAAGCGAGCUUUUGGCAAAAUUAAGAACAAGCACUUAGACACUCCUCAGUUUGUUCUCGAUGUUUUCUUCGAAAAUCAAUGGAAAAAGGCACGCCACAUGGAUUACUUAUACUUAGGAAGGAGUGAUACAAAAAUUGUUGAAGCAAGUGUUGGUUUUUUCAUUCCAUCAUCAACCCUCGCUCUCUAAUCUCAGUGGGCUAUUGUUGGUUUGGUCGCGGGUGCGGUGCUUUUACUACUGCUUGUGCUGUUGAAGCGGCGCAUCGAUGUUGGUUUGAAGCUACUGCAGACCACGGGUCGUGUCAUUUUGGAACUCCCAGGCAUUUUGUGGUUCGGCUUUUUGGGUAUACUCUUAACUGGCAUGGUCAUCGCGAUAUUCGGAUAUCCUGUGUGUUAAGGCCACAAUUUUUACUAUCAAGCGCCUAGUACUACUAGUAGUAGAGAUGAAUGGUUCCAGUAUUUGGUAACCUGAAUUUGAUCAUAAGGGAAAACAAGAAGAGAACCCUUAGGAUCCAACUCAGGCUACCAAAUUCCACCACCAUACAAGGGACGCGUCUUUUAGUUUUAAGGUUUCUAGGUUUGAUACACUUUGAAUAACGCCUGUGCCAUGGUUGUCUUGUGCCAACAACUGAACCAUCUAUUUUCUUCUAACCACAGCUGAUGUGGGCCAUGAACCUAGACGAAGUGAAGGCUUUUGCUCUAGUGCAAACUAUUUGCGGAGAUAGCCUUGGCCAAGAGAUACUUGGCAAAGACGUCAGCAGCUGUGCCAACGCAUUGAGUUGGUCUGGUUUCAUCUUCAUGCUCUUUGGAUUCUUCUGGGUGCUGUUUUUUAUGAUUUGGUUCGUAUCUAUUGGGUCUUUUUUUAGUUUUACGACGUCAAGAAUUAUCGAAAGUUAAAUCUUACUUUCCGUGCCUAUUUUUGUCUUCCUGAACCGUUCAUUCCUUUCCUUAACGCUCUGCUUGAGACCUGUACCGCUUUGUGCGUGUCGAAGUGGUAUUUCGAACGCAACGAUCCCGAGAGCAUGUUUUACGACUUGGAACACGAUCGAGCCUGUUUUCGCGCUCUAUGCCUACUGCCUUUGGUGGUCUCGAAACAUGCCGGUAUUUAAAUUUCAUUGACAGUCCUUUUCCUGUGAGAUAAAAAACACCUAAAUCGUAAUCGUAGAACGAUUAAGUAGACCGAAAUCGGUCAUAAAGAACUUAUCUUUAUUCCCAGCCUGAUCAAGAAGUAACUGGACCUGUAUCUUCUAUUGACUGAUUUAUUUUAGCAAUCACGCUAGCACUUAGCUACAUUCGCUGCAAUACCGAACAAGGUUCCUGUGCUUUCGGUGCUUUCCUGUUGUCGGUGUGUUGGACCUUGCAAGUCCUGGCUGCCAUCCUACGUUGGGCCAAGGAGAAGGCUCGCCGCACAGUCACCAGUCCCGCAGAAGGGAUGCUGGGAGUGUCUUCGAGUUCCUCAUCGUCUUCUGGAGGUGGUUGUUCCUGCUGUUCGCUUGAGCGGAUACUGUUGGCCAUUAACUGGGCCAUCCUUUACGUGACUGGGCAGGCGUUUAUUUUUGUGGCCAUCGAGGGUCGCGGCUUUUGCCGCUCCGCUGUCCGCGUCACAAAAUUGAUGCUUCAGCAUCCAGCUCAAUGCGCUACAAAUGUAUUUCUGACGCGUUUAGUGAAGGCGCUAUUGCUUCUUUUGGUUCCUGCAUGUACCUGGUUGUUGGCGUUUUUAGUGCACAAUAUUGGCUUGCAGAAUUCAGACUGCGGAAGCGACAUUGCGAAAUCGGCAUACGAACAGCUUUUGGUCUUCGGUGAAGAGGGCUUCACGGUGCCGGUAGUCUGUGCCGGGAUUAGCGUUCUCAUGCUGUUCUCAUUGACAAAGAUUAAGGCUGGUCCAACGAGGGAACUAGCAACACUUGCUUCAUCGUUCUAUCAUUUUUAUCUAUCAGUUUUAUUAUUCUUUGUGAGGACAAUGAAUACUUAAUCGGUCUAGACGAGAACGAGAUCUUCAAUAAAGGAUACCUUACAUGCAUCAAAGGCUUUUUGCACGACCAGAAACAGACAGUUCACUUCUAAGCAAACCUACACCACUGCAGUUGACGCGUUGUACAUCUGCAUUUUCCGCGAUCAGGACAAAUUUCAUGGCCGCUACUUGAAAAACUGUCCGCAACUACAAAGCCUAAUGGAAGGAUCGCAUAAGGAUGCUGAUGAGAAGUAGCGAAAUACAAGAUGGCGGAUGAGAGGUAAACGAGUAGAGAUAAGAAGUAAAGAACGAAGGUUGUAGUAGGUAGUUAAGAAGUAGAAGUACUACUAGGUGCGCGGCGAUCGGAAGCUGGAGAAGAAAUUUCCUCCGAGCGGAAGUGGUAGAUUUGCAUGCUGUAUCAUAGAACAAGAACAACUUCUACUUGAGAAUAUUUCAUAAUUAUACGCGGGUUAUGAUCAUCAUCAUCAAUGGCGAACACAUUUGUUUCAAUGCAUAGACAUAAUAACAUCAUGGUUCAAGCAUGAUUUCUUUGUUGAUAUAAUUAUUUUUUCGUUUGUUGUAAGAAAACUUUGUUAGUUGUAGAAAGGUGAACAAGUUCUUGCACGUGGACCACCCGUAAAAGCAUAGAUGACACGUUGGUUGGUUUUCUUCGUUGUAAAAUACUUCCAUCACAACUAGUAUUUAUUCAUUUCAAAUUUAAUUUCUUAAAGAAACCUGAAAACAUAGUUAGAUGUCUCAACCUAGCUAGUAUUAGUAUGGCGAUACACGACAUUUCUGAAAUUUCUGCCAAACAAGUAUCUACUUCUUUGAUAGAUUAUCAUUUUUUCCUAGGAAUAUAGUACAGGUCAUAGUUUGCCACCUAAGUCAUCUUCUUCAUGUGAAGCGAUGAUAUUACACUCGACGCAAGGAGAAGGACCGAUUAUACUCGAAUCGGAUGGUCGCGGUCGGGCACAUGAUCAUAGAUAGUGGAUUGUGUUGUUUCGUUGAUGUGAGUGGUGAUGCAAUCGUAUUCGUCGAGAUUUGAUUGAAGUUGCGGAUGAACUAGCGAAUAUUUCUUCCUCGGCAUAAGAACAAGGGUAACAUCGCUCGAGACAUCAUCGCACCGACAGAGACCAAAUUUGAACCUUGC